AAUAAAUCAGGAUCAUAAAUCAAAAACAUAUUAAUUUGAAUUUAGUUAUUUUAAAAAAUAAACUUAAAUAUCACAGGAAAUACAUUUUUAAAAGUCUAGGUAACGGAUAAGGAGCCUAAAUUUUACCGAAACAGGAAACCGUUUUUUUUUUUAUUUAGGUUAGCGUAAUAUUAUUAAUAGAUCUGCCUAUAUUAUAUAUAUUCUAUUUAUUCCAGUUGCCUUAUGUAUUAAUUUAUUUAAAUAGUUAUAGGUAUUUUAUUUGAUUUCUUAUUUAUUCGGCUAUUUUAAACGAGUACUGAAUGUAUUGCGAAUUUGUUCUGAAGACAAUUUUAAUCGCCCCUUUCUAAAUAACUAAACGGUCGUUCUCACGUAUAAUGAAUUAGAUUUUUACAUUAUAAAUUUUAGAAAUACCCUUUUAUAAGGAAUAUAAAAUAACGCAGCAUACACUACUAGACAGCUAAAUAAUUGAAAACAGUGCUGGAAAAAAAAAUACUACAGUUUUGCUGAGAGAAAAUAUCGAAGAACAUGUUUUAUUAUCCAAACGUGCUGCAACGGCACAGCGGAUGCUUUUCCACCAUUUGGCUGGCAGCUACCAAAGGAAUCAAGAUUACACGUAGAGAAUUCCUCAAAGUUAAUAUUAUCAGAACCUGUGAUGAUAUUAUCCAGUACGUUCUGGUGCAGGUUGAGGCGCCCAUGCCUAACCUGCCCAGACCUCGCUUCUCCCUCUACCUCUCCUCUCAGUUGCAGUACGGAGUGGUCCUGGUCUAUCACAAGCAGUGUGGGUACCUGCUAGAGGAAAUCCAGCAGACCCUGGACAGGCUUCUCCGGGCAAACAGACAGCUGAAGAUCAACAUGCUGGAGCUGGAGAAGACUAACUUGAGCCUGCCUGACAACCUGUCCCUGCUGGAGACCUAUGAGGGAGCCAUGGACCCUUUCUUCGGGGUGAUGGAGGAGCAGCUGGAGCUACCCAGCCCCCUGCAGCUACCCCAGAUGAGGCACAUUCUAGAGGCAGCCACUCCAGAGCGCCCCCGAGAGGAAAGUCCCAGAGCAGCAGCCGAGGAACCAGAUUUCCUCACAGUGUCUCCCGAGAGCAUCACCCUGAAGGAGACUGAGCCCAUCCUGCCUCCCAGGAUCGAGUACGAAAUGGACCUGCCAGAAAUCACAGCACAAGAGAUUGAAAUGCUCCUGGAGCAGGAAGAUAUGUUUCCUACAGAGGAAGGAGAGAGAGAGAGGGAGAGACAGAGGGAGAGGGAGAGGAGACGCAGAGAAGAGUUGGAGGACAGAGAGAGGGAGCGCGGAGCAGAGAGAGAGCCGGAGAGGGAGGCAGCGGAGAGCAUCGCUUCACUGGAGCUUCCCCGAGGGGAGUUGGGUCCGGAGUUGGACUCUAUGGUUCUGCUGGACGAGGUCACUGGUCUUCCAGUGGAGGUCCCGUCUAUCCCAGCAGCCACCGUGUCCGUGGAGGUGACCCCCCCCAGAGAUAUCCCCAUUCCCCCCCCCCCCUCCCCCCAGAGAGAGGAGAGCCCAGAGCUCCAGCUUGCUGCCCUCCCAGAAGCACCCCCUGCUGCCGUGACCCCCCAACGCAGACGCAGGCAGCUCCGAUUCAUCGACCUCAACACCCAGAUAUCCCAGGAUGCACUGCGGGAGCAGAUACGCAACCCCCAGGCUGAGACACGCCCGCUGGAGCAGAUGUUUGUUGACCCUCCAGGGCGACGCAGGAGGACUCCAGCGGAUCUCUUCAACGCGCCCUGCUGCUCCCCCCCUCUCCCCCCUCCCCUGCUGCAUCUCUGGCGCCACUGUGCUGUCGUCUCCCCCGUUGACUACGCUGCCAGGAGAGCGAGGGAGCGACUGGAGAGGAGAGAGGAAGAGGAGGAGAGCGAGAUGGAGGUCGUUCUCGAAGCUGUUGAGCCCAGCAUGGCUCAGAUUGAGAUUUCAGUUCCCUCCGAGGCACUCUUGGAGAUGUCCGACGAGGAGCGCUCCCGCAGCUUUGUCACUCUGGAGAGCAGAUGGUCCCCAGUUGAACCAGCGCAGCCGGAAGUGGAGGCUGAGCGUCCGAUCCUGGAGGGCAUUCCCGAGGAGAUUGGCGUUCCAGAGGAGAGGGAGGAGCUGGAGGAGCCAAGGGGAGAGGAGGCCGUGACUGCAGAGUCUGUGCUCAGGUUGGCCGCAGAGCAGAUUGAACCCUUCGGAGAGACGUACUUCGAUAUCCUGGCGCCUCACGGGAUCCUCAGGAAAGUGGCGGCUGUGCUGUUCUUCAGAGUGCUAGAGCUGUGUGAGAGGAGGGUUCUCAUGUAACCCCGCCCCCUGUCUCUCUCUCUCUCCGUCUCUCAGAGCUGUGUGAGAGAAGGGUUCUCAGUGCAUUUCAGUCCGAGCCCUACGCUCGCAUCCUCAUCCGACCAGGAGCCCUGUACGGAGUUCAGUAAAGAAGAGCAUGCAGCCGUCAGCUUGCUGCACUCCGACCUCCCCUCAUCACACUCCUGCUAUAGCCUCCAGGAAUCCCAGAGACAACGCAUUGUAAAGCACAGAGAGGUCUGGUAAAGCAUAGGGAAGCAUUGUAAAGCACAGAGAGGUCUGGUAAAGCAUAGGGAAGCAUUGUAAAGUUACUUGUGAUCAUUGUUAUUUAAAAUAUUUACAUGAAACAAAAAAACAUACAUACAUAUACAUUAUAUAUAUAUUCUUAUUCUUAUAACAGUGUUAACAUUGAUUAAAAAAAAAAAAAUGCCAUGAAUUUAUAAUUGAUUGUUUGGCUCAUCGAAGAAUUCAUCCAAAUGUAUCUUGUUUUAUGAACUCGUUUUUUAUAGUGUUUCCAAAACAUUUUUGGGCAAAUUCUGAGUUUUUUAAUUCCGCAGAGAUGUUUUCUUUUUAAUCUAAACGGUUCACUAUUUGUAUUAUUUAUAAGCAGCACUGGGACUCACACUAUUUGUAUUAUUUAUAAACAGCACUGGGACUCACACUGUAUUAUUUAUAAGCAGCACUGGGACUCACACUAUUUGUAUUAUUUAUAAACAGCACUGGGACUCACACUAUUUGUAUUAUUUAUAAACAGCACUGGGACUCACACUAUUUGUAUUAUUUAUAAACAGCACUGGGACUCACACUAUUUGUAUUAUUUAUAAACAGCACUGGGACUCACACUGUAUUAUUUAUAAACAGCACUGGGACUCACACUAUUUGUAUUAUUUAUAAGCAGCACUGGGACUCACACUAUUUGUAUUAUUUAUAAACAGCACUGGGACUCACACUAUUUGUAUUAUUUAUAAACAGCACUGGGACUCACACUAUUUGUAUUAUUUAUAAGCAGCACUGGAACUCACACUAUUUAUAUUAUUUAUAAGCAGCACUGGGACUCACACUAUUUGUAUUAUUUAUAAACAGCACUGGGACUCACACUAUUUGUAUUAUUUAUAAACAGCACUGGGACUCACACUGUAUUAUUUAUAAACAGCACUGGGACUCAUGUUCACUAUUUAUACAUACUAUCUACAGGGAGCUAUCACGAUGUAUAAUGGCACCAUUUAGAAGUUCGCUAUCGUUCUAUCUUUAUUAUGCAAAUUUGUGUUCAUGUUGUAACUUGUGUCAAAGUGUUCUAUUUCAUCUUGUUUUUAUAAAAGAUUUUUGUAACCCA